CUGAUGUUUAAUCUAAGAAUUGUUAAUACAAAAGGUAGACAAAAAAACAGUCAGCAAAAAUUUAUUCGUGCAUCAUAUAUUUAGGAAAUAUUUCGGUUUAAGAGACAUCAGCAGAUUAGAAACAGUGAACAGGAGCAUACAGUGUAUAUUAGGAUUUAGUAUUGUAUUUUUAAAGAAAGUGGAACUACUGAAGUCGGGAGUUGCGGCAUUCUGAAGCAUCUCCCCGGAGUACGAAACAUUUAUCGUUAUCGGUGUGUCUAGCAAAAAUGACGUAAGACCAGUGUUCAGAACCUACGUUUUGCAUCAAGGUGGCAACGAUGCGACUACUUUUUACGAUUUUCACAACAGCUGAGCGAAGUUACAAGUUUUUAGGCUCGUCUGGAACGACAGCAUUAACAUUGUUCAUACGCCGCCACAGUCAUAACUACGAUUUCAAUCAGCAGCAACAGAAUAUUGGAGCAACACGUGAGGAAGCUCGUUUGAUUAUACGCCGAUUGCAGAAGACUAUUUUACGCUUAUUGCGGAAUCCCGAUUUCUAUAAUAUGGCAACGCCGUCAUUCCAGCAGGAUCAACAGCAGCAUGAGGACGAGUCUCAGUUCAAUUCGCAUGCCUCUAGGCAAACCGGUAGACAGGAUAGCAAUUGCCGCACAUGCAAUGACUUUAAAUCAUGGUCGAAGCAACAGCGUCUAAUCUCGAAUGCCCAAAAUGCCAAGGAGAAACAUAUGGCCGUCGCUGAGAAGCUGACCGUAAAGGCACAGGACGCUGACCAGCAGCGAGAUGAUUGUCCCUUGGAUAAGGUUCGCUUGGGUAUCUCAACAUGGGGACUUCUUCAUACUAUGGCUGCGUUUUAUUCCGACAAUCCAACGGACAGGGAGAAACGGGAUAUGAAAACCUUUUUCGAAGUCCUAUCUCGCCUUUAUCCAUGUGAAUUUUGUGCCAAAGAUUUUCGUACCGAUUUGGAUGUGAAUCCAAUCAAUGUGAAUUCUCAAAAGGAUCUCACCCUGUGGCUUUGCAAAUUCCAUAAUCGAGUCAAUGAUAAAUUGGGCAAACCAAUCUUCGACUGUAGUAAAGUUAACGAGAGAUGGCGUGAUGGCUGGUUGGAUGGUUCCUGUGAUUAGAAUACGAAGAAUCCUACAUAAACAGUCACCAUCACCGGCAGCCCACCCACCUUAGCAUUAUCCUUCCCUCAUCAUCAGCAUUUCACAAAAUUUGCUUUACCAUGUUUUGGGCAAAUAUUCAACUCACUUAUUGCUCAACAUAGUCAGCUAUUCCACAAAAGCAACUAGUCGGAAGAGGGGAAUCAGCCCCCUAGGUCAAGUGCAAAAUGCGGAUAUAUGGGCCAAAUUGGUAGUAAUCUGUUUAAACCUGAUCAAUGUUUACUUUCUGCCAGUUCAUGUUUAAACAACCGAUCACUUACAAUACGCCAUAAAGAUGCCCUCAAUGCCGACAACCGAAACGAUAUGAAAAGACAAAAGUUCAAGAAAAUAUUAAAAAUUAUGUUGUAUUGUAGAGACAGACAAAAAAAAUUAAAAAGAAAUUGAAACUUCUUGGCAGAUGACCAAGCAUUUAA